AUGUCAUCCUUCUCUCGAUUAAUCAGAUUUCUUGCCAAAGACGGUAAAGUCUACUACGGCGAUGCCAUUCUUCCGUCUGGUGUAACAGACAUCGGCAAGGCUGUUCAAGCUCGAGUUGUCCGCGGCAGCCCUUGGAGCAAACAUGAAGUUACCGAUCAAGUGGAAGGCGUCCAAUCUCUUCUGAGCCCUCUUGCUCGCGAAGAUGUUCGGACCGUCCGUUGCCUGGGCCUGAAUUAUGAGCAACAUGCUUGUGAAACUGGGACACCGAUCCCCAAAUACCCGGUCUUGUUUUUUAGACCUCUGACUUCUCUCAACGGCCCCUUUGAUCCUAUUCCCCUCCCACCCAUCGCACAACAAGCCGAAGGCGUAGACUAUGAGUGCGAACUCGUCGUCGUCAUUGGCAAGGAAGCCAAGGAAGUACCCGAGUCUCGGGCCCUGGAAUACGUUGCCGGAUAUGCCGUUGGGAACGACGUUUCUCAUCGUGAAUGGCAGCUACGCCGAGGGGGGACCCAAUGGGGCUUCGGGAAAGGGUUUGACGGAUGGGCUCCCUUUGGCCCGGGCAUCGUCAGUUCAAACAUCAUUCGAGAUCCGCAGAGCUUGAAGAUUUCGACCAAGAUCAACGGGCAGACGGUGCAAGAGAGCAACACUGGAGAUAUGAUCUUUAGUGUGGCAAAGACUAUUGCAUUCCUGAGUCAGGGCACGACGCUGUUGCCGGGUGAUUUGAUCUUUACUGGAACACCCCAAGGUGUGGGUGAGGUCAGGCAGCCCCCUCUGUGGCUCAAGGAUGGAGAUAUCGUCGAAGUCAGUUUGGAAGGUGUAGGAACCUGCAUUAACAAAGUUCAAGAUGUCAAGGGUAACCACUCAACUGAUAAAGCUAGCCAGUAA